AUGCCAGAAGUUGUAGGAGAAAGUAAUCUUUUUUCAGUGGGCUAUGCAUUGCCUGAAAGAAAGAUUGAAGCUUUCAUGGUGCCAUCAUUCAUAAACUACGCAAGAGAACGAGGGAUUGAUUUCAUCCCCAUUGACGUUUCCAAGCCACUCACCGAUCAAGGUCCCUUCGACUGCAUCAUUCACAAGCUUUACGGGGAUGAAUGGGACCUCAAUCUCAAGGAUUUCUCCGACAACAACCCUAACGCCACCAUCAUUGACCACCCCUCCGCCAUACAACGCCUCCAUAACCGCAUUUCCAUGCUCGAACCUGUCUCUCAACUCAACAUACCUCAACUCAACAUCCCAAACCAAAUCCUUGUUCGAGAUUCCGAGUCUUUGAAAAACGUCGAAACUACAAAGGAUUUGAGUUUUCCGGUGAUCGCGAAAUCUCUGAUUGCAGACGGGUCUCCAAAUGCACAUACUAUGUCACUAGUGCUGAAUCACGAAGGGUUAACCAAAGGGCUAGAACUGGAGCCACCAUUGAUACUGCAGCAGUUUGUUAACCACGGUGGGAUCAUCUUCAAGACUUACGUAGCCGACGACUACGUGGAAUGUGUGAAACGGAGUUCGUUGCCGGACAUUUCAGAGGAGACCUUGGAGAAGAUGGCGUCAGAAUCCAAUGGCGUCAUGAGCUUCUCCAAGAUAUCAGGUGCUGUAAUGGCCUGUGAUGACGGAUGGAGUAAUAACAACUCCGAUGAGAAGCUUAAGAUGCCGGCGCCUGAGUUUCUUGAAGAGGUGGCGAAAGGCCUGAGACAGGCUCUUGGAUUGCACCUGUUUAAUUUGGAUAUGAUUAAAGAUGAUAAAGGAGAUGGGUUUCUUGUUGUUGAUAUUAAUUACUUCCCAGGUUACGAGAAAUUACCUUCUUAUGAAACUGUAAUGACUGAUUUCUUUUUGAAUAUAAAAAAGUCACAGGAGGAAAAGAAGAUGACCACGAAUUGA